UGCAUGCAUCGCAUUUUGCCGGCUAAAAUAUAUGUGUGGAUAUUUAAUUUGUUUGUAUAGAACUAAACAAAACACAACCCUACCUGCUUUGUUCAUCACGCAAAUAUUCAUAAUUCCUUCCCUUCCAAUGUUUUCUUCAGAAUCUCCGAAUAUAUACCAAGUAUCAACCACGUGCCCCCCAACAAAUUAAACACCAAGAAUAAUUUUAGGUAUAUAUAUUACCUCCAUUUUAUAAUAAUGAUACUAAACAUAUAGAAGUUGUUGUGUUUGACAUAUCCAAAGAGCAUCAUGUGAUGCAUGAUGAUGAAGAGAUGAGACAAAUGGAAGGGUAACAGCUAGCUUCCAAUUUGAACUGUGAAUCAUUCCACCAAAGAAAAUCAAGGCAAACCAACCAAUAUAAACACACAUACAAUACAAGUUGAAUUAACUGAACAAGAAAUGGGAUCAAUAAUGCGCAAAGACCCAAGCGUUGUCCACUUUAGUCAUCCACAUCCAUUGGAAUUCACCACAGAAUUAAACAAUAAUAACAAUGUAACAUGCUUUGGCUGCAAGCUAAGUUUCAUGAAUGGUGAAUCCUACUACCAUUGCGAACCCUGCAACUUCUCUCUCCACUAUGCAUGCUUCAAGAUGCCACUGAUAACAAAGCAUCCAUCCCAUUCCAAACACGAUCUAGUCCUCAUCGUCAUACCAUCCUCACCGGCCACCAGAGCAACCCUAAGAUGCGCCGCGUGCGGCCACCACGUCACCGGAUUCACCUACCACUGCGCCGAAUGCAGCAGCGUAUUCUUCCACGCCUUCUGCCUGGCGCUGCCGCUGUCCGUGGCCAUCUCGCCGCACCCUCACAGAAUGGAGCUCGAAUUCAUGCCUCCCUAUGACUUCUUCUGUGACUUGUGCACCAAGUCAACCUACAACAUUGGUUGGCUAUACAGAUGCAGGAUGUGCGAGUUCGACUCGCACAUCGCCUGCGCUGUUCAGAACAUCGAACCGCAGUCGGUUGAGCAUCCUUCUUUCACUCAGGCCAACGCUUUGAUGACGCAGUUCACCGCCCACCACGGCGGCGGCAUGGUGUAUGAGAUCAUGCGUUUGGUUGCCACGCAGAUCCAACAAGGAAAAGUUGUUGGUAGUCCAAGUCCAUCACGAGGUCGUGAUUUCAGAGCGUAUUUGGAAGAAAGAACACCGUUGAGAGAUAAAUCCACGCCGAGUCGCCAAUUCAGCGAGGCAUAUUUUUCGAUAGAUUUGAACGCGAAGAAAGACGGUGAUGAUCAGAAAAGUAAUAAGAAUCAUCUAAGCGUUGUUGCAGAGAGGAGCGAAGGGGAUAAGAGUGUUAAGUUGAACUCAGCAGUUUUUGAAGAACUUGGUGAAGCAAAUCAUAAAGUGGUGAUGGUAAUGAAUCAAAACUCUAAGCAAAGAUUAUUGCCCACUCCUAAAACCAAUCAUAAACCUUCACACUCGGGAAGAGAUAGCGGCUCAUCUGGUUGGAAGAAGUUCCUGUCAUGUUGCCUUUAAUAAUUAUUUAUUAGCACAGCCAUGUGGAUAUGUAUACAUAUAUACAGUAAGGUUUUUGAAGCACAUAGAUAUAAAAUGAAAAUAAUUGCACACUUCACUAUGUUCAUAAUAUAUACCAAUAUAGUGAAUUUAAUUUGGAUUUUGUGAAUUUAAUUACGCCUAUUAAUUCUAGUGUGAACCCAAAUUUAAUGAACGCAAGUUUGAAAACUCUGGCUACAGAAACAAAGGACAUUAAAUUCUAGCGGUGAUGAUAAGGUUAGGUUAAUGGGAUUCUAAUGUUGUACGAGACAUUAAUCCCUUUUAUUUGGUCUGAUAGUACUUGAAGGAGGUAGUAGUGUAGUGCCCUACCCCCCUAUAAAUAGGGGCCAAGACAAAAGACUUUUAUUUUGUGAAAUUGGAAGCAAGUUUUAGGGCAGGUGAAAAUGGAUUCACAUAUAUAAUAGUCCAAAUUCGGUUGGAUUGAUCUGAUAAAAACAGUAGUGGGUGUAAUAAGAGAGAAUAGUACUACUUCUACUAGUGGAGGUUGAAACGGAGAAUGAAUGAAUCAAACAAAGUGCAAAAUGACAGUGCCCACCCCACCACACCACACCACACCAUGCCCAUUGCCUUUUCUAUUGUCCACUAAUUACAACACAUUACUCUUCCUUUGUUUUUCUGAGGACAAAACAUACAAACACAAAUUCCACUAACAAAAUUACAUUUUUCCUUUUAAUUCCUCCAGAAAUUAAAACCACUAUGCUUUUAUGAAUUCAUGUCCUAUGUUAACUACUGGGUUGCCAAUCUUUCAUACUCUUGUUUUUGUAUCAUUUCUUACUGAAUUAUGUAUAGUACAAGGGUAAUGUACAACAAUCAUCACAGAAAAAAAA